UUGCGGUGACACUGCUGUCAGCAACAGGUCCUCGCUCGCACCAUUUCCGUGACCAAAACUCCACAUUUCUGCCUCAACUGCAACACCUCCGCGGAAACUAGGCUUGACAGUGUCUCGGAAAUCGUUCAAAAGUGGUGUAUUUAAUCAUUUGGGGCAACUCGGGCGCUUUGGAAGUUGGUGUAUUUCCACCGCUGGUGGUAAGAGAGCAGAUGGCUGUGAGCAGUGUCUGAGGACGCCACUGGGAGUUCUCCAAUUGCAAACAUGAAUGGUGGUUCAAGUAUCUGGGCAAUAUCUCCUGAGGAGAGGACCAAACAUGACCAAAAGUUUGAUACUCUGUCCCCGUCCAUGGGCUGUGUGUCAGGAGAACAAGCCAGGAAGUUUUUCCUCCAGUCGGGGCUGCCUGCCUCAGUGUUGGCUGAGAUAUGGGCUCUGGCUGACAUUAACAAGGAUGGGAAGAUGGACAGGUUGGAGUUUUCUAUUGCUAUGAAGCUAAUAAAGCUAAAACUCCAGGGCACAUCACUUCCAUCAGCGCUGCCAAUCAUCAUGAGGCAGCCUCCAGUGCCCGUUCCCACCCUUAAUAACCCCAGCUCAUCCAUGUCCAACGCUGUCUAUGGUAUUGGUCCUAUGUCCAUGAUGCUCGGACCAAAUCUGCAGACGUUGACUCCUGUGGCAGCCCCUGGACUUUCGUCUUUGACCCCAGUGACGGGCCUCAGCCAUCUGGUUCCCACGGCAACGGGACUGAACCCACUAAUGGCUUCAGUGCCAACCAGGCCCCUGAUGCCCGCUGUUGGAAACACUGCACUGUCGAAUGGCACCAUGGGACUUCUCCAGCCAAUCCCCACUGGAUCUCUGGUUCUUGGCCUACCUCUUUCUGCAUCUUCUUACUCCUCUCCGCUUGGACUCUCCUCAUCUCCUGGUACAAAUAUGACCUCUUCACUGCUGGGCAUGGCAUCUGGCAGCCCGGCGUCAUUAUCUCCGUCAAUGAUGUCCUCCACGGCUGCUGUUCCCAGUGACUGGGCCGUGCCUCACGCCUCUCGACUGAAAUACAGACAGCUGUUCAACAGCUUGGAUAAACAAAUGACCGGCCACCUGACUGGUCUGCAAGUGAGAGGUGCCAUGGCAACCACGAUGCUGACACAGACACAGCUGGCCUCAAUUUGGAAUUUAGCUGAUGUUGAUAAGGAUGGCAAGCUGAGAGCAGACGAGUUUAUUCUGGCGAUGCAUCUUGUGGACAUGGCAAAGUGUGGACAACCGUUGCCUCUGACGCUGCCAGCUGAGUUGGUGCCACCCUCACAGAGGAGUUCAGUGAACGGCUCCAGCUCUUCUGUCUACGCAGCUUUCGCUGAGGAUCUGGAGAUAGAACCUCCACAGAAAGUUAAAAGCAACUUGUCAUUUGAGGAUAAAUACAAAGCCAACCUGGAGCGAGGGAAUGCUGAGCUGGAGAAACGACGACAGGCGCUGCUGGAGGCAGAGAGGAGGGAGAGGGAGCGGCGUGCUCAGAAGGAGAGGGACGCACGUGAGAGGAGGGAGAGGGAGGCCAGGGAGGCUGAGGAGAGGCUGAGGAAAGAAGAAGAGAGGAGGCUGGAGCGGCAGAGGGAGCUGGAGAGACAGAAAGAGGAGGAGAGACAGAGGGAAAUAGAGAGAAAGGAGGCUGCACAGCGGGAGCUCGAACGUCAGAGGAAGGAGGAAUUUGAGAGGAGGAAGCGUGGAGAGCUGCAAAUUAAGAAGGAGCAGGAGCAGGAUGACAUUAUCAAACUCAAGGCUAAGAAGAGGAGUCUGGAAAUGGAGUUGGAGGCUGUGGGAAACAAACAUCGUCAGAUAUCAGAUCGACUGCGCGAUAUUCACAACAAGAAAAAGCUUCAGAAGACUGAGCUGGAUCUGAACAAUCAAAGGAAAGAAACACGACAACAGGACAUUAGCAGUCUGCAAAAACAGAUAGAGGAUUUCCAGAGGAAGCUGUCCCAACUGACCCCUGAGCAGAAGAGACUGACAGAGAAACUCAGAAACAUGGCUGUGAAUAACAUGGCGGUGUCAUCCAUGUCCACCAUGAAGGGAAGUGUUGCAGAGAAGAAAGGGACCUGUAGAAAACUGCGAGAGCACAUGGAAGCUCUGGAGAAAGAGACUGCUGCCAAACUAGCAGAGAUGGGCCAAUAUAAUAAAGACAUGCAGGAACUAAGAGAAAGCCAGAGAAAUCAGCAGGCAGCGCUUGAAAAACUCAGGAGCAUCAAAGAGGAGAAGCAGCGUGAGCUGAUCCGACGGAAGGAGCAGGAAGAGGAGAAAAGGAGGAGGGAAGAGGAGAGGAAACGACAGGAGGAGGAAAGGAAGCGAAAAGAUGAAGAAGAAAAUCAACGGCGUAUUAAGAUGGAAAAAGAGCGUCAGUGGCAGGAGAAGGUGAGGAGAGAUGAAGAAGAGCGACAGAAGAGGCUCCAGGAGGAAAGAGAGGCCAAACAGAGGGAGGAAGAAGAGAGAGAAAGACAGGCUAUCAUCCAAGCCGCCAAGGAGCAGGCAGAACGAGAGCUCAGAGCAAGGGAGACGGCCGAGCAGAAGAGAAGGGAGGAAGAUGAGAGGAAAAGAGAAGAGGAGGAGCGCCAGAGGCAAGCAGAGAGACGGAGGCAGGAGGAGGAGAGGAGAAAACUGGAGGAAGAGAGGAGGAAACUAGAGGAAGAGAGGAGGAAACUGGAGGAAGAGAGGAAGCUAGAGGAGAGGAGAAGAAGGGAAAAUGAGGAACGGAAGAGGUUAGAAGAAGAGAGGCGAGAGGAGGAGCACAGAAGGGAAAAGGAGGAGGAAGGGAAGAGGAGACAGAGGGCAGCCGACGCAGCUCUCCGAGAUGCGGAGGAGAGAAGAAAGCGAGAGGAGGAGGAGAGAAAGAGGAGACAGGAGGAAGAAAGAAAAAAGAAAGAGGAGGAUGACAGGAGGAAGCGGGAAGAAGAGAGGAAAAGGCUUCAGCAGCAGCAGGAGGAGAAGAAAAGGGCAGAUGAGGAAAGGAAAAGAAAGGCGGAGGAAGAGGAGAAGAGAAAAGCUGAAGAGGAGAGAAAGAGGAAGGAAGAAACUUCUCAACAAAAGCAACCAAACGGAGGGAAGCUGGAUAUUCAGGAGAAGCUGACAUCGCUGCUGAGAGGGCUGGAGGAGAGAAAGGGUGGACAGCCAAAGGCCACGCAGCACAGGAAGUCGGCUUCUCUUACAGCCUUCAAGGCGCUUUAUCCAUUCAACGCUCGAAACAACGAAGAACUCAGCUUCAAUGCAGACGACAUCAUUGAGGUUGAUGAGACUGCAGAGCGGGAGCAAGGCUGGCUGUACGGCAGCAAGCAGGGGAAGAUGGGCUGGUUCCCAGAGAGCUACGUCGAGAGAGCAGCGCCAUCAGACACGACUAAUAAUACGCCUGCAGUUCCUUCUAAAAUACCACUCCAGUCACAGCUGUCUAACGCUCUGGAAGCUGCCAAGGCGGCAGGGACAAAGUCAGCCUUCACACCCACACACUCCCCGAACCCUGCACCCUCUGAGACGCAUGGACAGCAUUUGGUGGGUAACCUGGUGGCUCAGGCUCUUUGCUCCUGGACGGCAAAGACAGACAACCAUCUGAACUUCAAUAAGGACGAUGUUAUUCAAGUGCUGGAGCAGCAGGAGAACUGGUGGCUGGGAGAGCUCAAUGGGGAACGAGGCUGGUUCCCCAAGACAUAUGUGACCCUGCUGGGAGAAGAGGAGAGUGCGGACAUGAAGAGCUCAUCAGUUGAUGCCCAAGACUCUGGUGACAGCCUUCAGUUUGAAGAGUAUGUGGCAUUGUACACGUAUGAGUCUCCAGAGCUUGGUGAUCUGACGUUUAGAGAAGGGGACGUGAUCCUGGUGGGCAAGAAAGAAGGAGAGUGGUGGAACGGCUCUAUAGGAGACCGCAAGGGCCUCUUCCCCAGCAACUAUGUCAAACCUAAAGAGACAGAUACAUCAAGUGCAUCUGGAAAGAAAAAGCCAGAAAUCGCUCAGGUCAUUAGAGCCCACUCCUCUGCUGGACCCGAGCAGCUGAAUCUGGAAAACGGCCAGCUCAUCCUCGUCCUUGGGAAGAGCGCCUCUGGCUGGUGGCUCGGAGAACUUCAGGCACGUGGUAAGAAACGUCAGAAGGGCUGGUUCCCUGCCAGUCACGUUAAAAUAUUGGGAUCCAACAGCGGCAAAUCCACACCAGCACCCCAAGCAGUCUGUCAGGUGAUCGCCGUAUACGAUUACUCAGCGGCCAACCAGGACGAGAUGAGUUUCUCUAAAGGGCAGCUGAUCAACGUUUUAGACAAGAGUAAUCCAGACUGGUGGAAAGGAGAAAUCAGUGGGGUCACAGGACUGUUCCCCACCAAUUACGUUCAGAUGACAACGGCGGAGUGUGACCCCAGCCAGCAGUGGUGUGCAAACCUGAACAGUCUGGACUCUCUGAGUCCUCAGGAGAGGAAAAGACAGGGUUACAUCCAUGAGCUGAUACUAACCGAGGAGAAAUAUGUGGAAGACUUGCAGAUUGUGCUGGAGGUUUUCUACAAGCCCAUGUCCGAGUCUGGAAGGCUGAAUGAUUCAGAGAUGACGAUGAUCUUUGUCAACUGGAGAGAGCUUCUGGCCUGCAACACGAAAUUUGUCAAGGCUCUCCGGGUUCGUAAGAAGACAAGCGGGGACAACAUGCCGGUGCAGAUGAUUGGAGAUAUCCUGGCAGCCGAGCUGUCCCACAUGCAGCCCUACAUCCGCUUCUGCUCAUGCCAGAUCAACGGCGCGGCGCUGCUUCAGACUCGCACCGACAACGAGCCGGAUUUCAAGGAAUUCCUCAAGAAAAUCGCCACAGACUACCGGUGCAAGGGCAUGCCACUGUCCAGCUUCCUGCUGAAACCCAUGCAGAGGAUCACACGCUACCCACUGCACAUCAGAAACAUCCUGGAUUGCACUGCAGAGGGCCAUGCUGACAGAGGCCCCCUGAAAGAGGCUCUGGAGAGGGCUGAGGAACUCUGUCAACAGGUGAACGAGGGUGUGAGGGAGAAGGAGAAUUCUGAAAGACUGGAGUGGAUUCAGAAUCACGUGCAGUGUGAUGGCGCUGCAGAGUGUUUGGUUUUUAACUCUCUCACCAACUGUUUGGGCCCCAGAAAACUGCUGCACAGUGGCAAGAUGCACAAAGUGAAGAGCAACAAGGAGCUUUGGGCUUUCCUCUUUAACGACUUCCUGCUUUUAACUCACGCGACAAAGCAGUUCACUUCAUCUGGGCCUGAUAAACUGUUCAGCAACAAGAACAAUGUACAGCUAAAGAUGUAUAAACCGCCUGUUCUUCUAAACGAAGUCCUGGUGAAGCUUCCAGAUCCCUCCAGCGACGAGCCCAUCUUCCACAUCUCGCACAUCGACAGGGUGUACAUCCUCCGGACCGACAACAUUAACGAACGGACAGCGUGGGUCCAGAAGAUAAAGACGGCGUCUGAGGAGUUUAUUGACACGGAAAAGAAAAAAAGGGAAAAAGCUUAUCAGGCCCGAUCUGUGAAGGCCAGUGGAAUCGGCAGACUUCUUGUCACCAUCUUGGAAGCCAUUGAACUCAAGGCAGCAAAACCCAACGGUAAAAGUAAUCCUUACUGCGAAGUGGCCAUGGGAGCUCAGACAUUCACAUCCAGGACACUCAACGACACCGUGAAUCCCAAGUGGAGCUUCACCUGUCAGUUUCACAUCAAAGACCUGUACCAGGACGUCCUCUGCAUCACCAUCUUUGAAAGAGACCAGUUUUCACCUGACGAUUUUCUGGGCCGGACGGAGGUUCCCGUGGCAACCAUAAAGAAGGAGCUGGAGAACAAAGGACCCGUGACUCGACGUCUUCUACUGCACGAGGUUCCAACGGGGGAAGUGUGGGUUCGCCUUGACCUGCAGCUGUACGGCAGCAAGUAACCAUGCUGGAGGAGCUGAAGUCAUGCGUUGUGUCCACUUCACAGGCACCAAAAUAUGAGCUGUUAACCAAAUAAGACGGGCUGCUUUUUUCACAUGUACAGACUUGCAUGGUUUCUCUCACAUGCAUAAUCUGGACUCCAAGGAGAUGCCUCAAAAGAAAAAUACUAGUAAUUUCUGAACUGUUUCACAAAUGAUGCCUUAAAAGUAACAAUAACCAGCACUAAAAUUACCUCCUCUGUCAUACAGACCCCCCUGCAGGCAUUAGGGCUUGUUAGACAUCAGACAACAGUCAAAGUCUUGUCUUUUUGCCAUCUAGAAGACAUCAGGCGGGAAGAGCAGCAUGACCCGUUCAGCGGUUUGUAUCUAAGCUAUAUUUACACUCUUGAGUGCUUAAGAGAGAGAACCUAGCCACACGACCACGACCCUCUUAAGCAACGGAGACACUGUUACAAAGCUGAAUGUGGGUCAAAUGGACAGUGGCCACUUGGAAGUAAAUUAUUUUCAAACUACAAUAAAACCAUGCCCGCUCCUCUGUAGUAUUAAUACCUUGCCAAGUCUUCUCAACCAAGGCCAUCCAAGUAACGAGUGUUUUAUCCUAAUUAUCAAGACAUGUAAAAGUUGAGAUUUUUUUAAAUUUAAAAUACAUUUUUUCUUUCUUCCUUUUUGGCCUGAGGUGAUGGUUACUGAUGGCUUUUGAGAAGCUGCGCUGGCCUGAUUUCUGAGCUGUCACUGAUGAUCAUCACUGUCUGGCUCAGUGUCGUCCUCACAGAGAGACAUUAAAGGUGUCCAGCAGAAGAUGACAGAUGAUGGACAGCAACAUGAAAUGCAUCAGACAACUUGAAGAGGAAGUUUUAGUUUGUAGCUCUGGUCUGGAGUCGGUUUACUACUGUACACAAAGAUCUCAGGAUGUGUUGUUCUGGGUCCAGUCUGCGUCACUGCAACAAUACUUAACUUUCUUUUCUUAUACGGUGUGCGUGUGUGAGGAUUUUUGAAAUGUAGACAUAAUGAAAGAGAAACAUACUAUCCUACAUUUGAUGCUGCAGCUUUUGAAGUUAGCUGCAACUCCUGGCUUCAAUGCAAGUCAUCUUUUAAAGUCUUUUCGGUUUUUAAGAUCAUCGGUUUCAUUGGGAUGACGUUGGGUGUAAUAAUGGUCGUCUAGUUUGCUUUUCAGUCAAAGCCAAGUGAUUUUGAAUGACAGGGUAAUAUGAUUUAAAAAAAGGACGUCCGCAAUAUUAAAGAGCAUUUUCUUAGAUUGUGUUUUGCUUUUUACUCUUUAAACUACUGGACAUAUUUAAGUGUCUUUCUCUAGAUUCUUCCUCAUAUACAGCAAUACAGUUGAUUUAUGUUUCCUCAAAGUUUUUCUUUAUAAAUACAUGGGAUGAAAGAUUUAAAGAAUAAAAGUUUUUCUUUUGGGCGUAAAUCGUACAUUUGUGUUGUAUUGGUUGAAUUUUAUUCUAUUUUCAGCCUUGUUUUUACUCUGUUGUCCCGGGCUCGGUUUCUUUUUCAACUACCUUUCCUCUGGACAGAACCAGAAUAGUGUUGUAUUUAUUUCUUAAUUUAUGCGUGUGACCAUCCGAAAGCUUGGAUCGCUUCUGCUGUGUCGUCUCGGAUAAUCAGUUGGGUCUCAUUGGGGUUUUUCUUUCUUUUCUUUGUUUUUACACAUGUGAUGUCACUUAAUAAAACGUGGACUUUACGGUUUUUGUUAAUGUUUUGACUUCUUUUGGUAGAAGACUGGGUCAGCAGUCUUAUUUUUGAGGCCACAAACUUUUCUUCUGUUCCUUUAUCCACUUUGUCUUGCUCAAUCAGUUUGUUUUUUUGAACUUGUAGAAACAUAUGCAACGCCUGGACGGCCUCUCUGGUCUGCCUGGUUGGGUCAAAAUCUUUUAGUUUAACUUUUUAGUUCUCUUUUGCCUCUUUAAUCUAAACUGUCGGUCUCUAACCUGCUGUUUGUACUUACUUUGACCUCUACAUGACACCAGGGUUUUUGAAGCCAAAAUA